AUGCAGGUCGAGGUCCAGGAGCUUCCUAGGCUAGUCUUAAGGGGUACUCCCAAAGAGAUUGGUCUCCAGCAUGGCUACCGCCUCCAGGACCAAAUUAAGUCCCAAAUAGGCAUCUAUGAAGAUAUGUUCGAGUACACUACCAAAAUGGACUGGCCGACUGUCCUCCAGCUUGCGGAGGAAUUCCGAGCCUCCCUGGAGUGCAAAACACCUAAUUUGUACGCCGAGAUGCAGGGCAUAGCGGAAGGGGCAGGGGUGGGUAUCUUGGAUAUUGUAGCGUUAAACUGUCGGAGUGAAAUAUCGUUUGGAAACUUUUCAGAUGGAUGCACGAGUCUUUCGUGGAAAAAGAACGACAACGCACGAGUUCUGGCACAGAACUGGGAUUGGACCACUAGCAUUCAGAAGAAUCUAGCGUUGAUGGAUAUUGAGAUCUCUGGAAAGCCGAGGAUCUGCAUGGUCACUGAGGCAGGUAUCAUAGGAAAGAUAGGAUUCAACAGUGCAGGAGUCGGAACGUGUCUUAAUGCUAUAAAAGCGCGACCAUGCAUUAGCUCCAAGGUCCCGAUUCAUGUAGCUCUCCGCCUAUGCUUGGAAAGCACAUCCGUUGAGAGUGCUCUACAGGCUAUCUCAUCUCUGGGAGGUGUAGCCUCGAGCCAGCAUAUCCUAAUUGCCGACAGCACAACUUCCCUGGGCCUGGAGCUCUCGCCCUUGGGAGAUGUACACCUGAAGGAGGAUGAGUAUGGCAUUAUCAUGCAUACCAAUCAUUUUAUUGAGAACAAGAAUGUGACGGAGCCCUCAUGGAUCGAGGGCUCACCUGCCCGCUUAGAGCGAGCUCAGCAGCUCGCCCACGAGUUGGUUAACAACGGCAUUAAGGGCGACUUGAUCACCCCGAGUUUACUAAGGGAACAGGUUUUCUCCGAUACCUGCAAUGCGCCACUAUCCAUAUGUUCCCAAGAGGACCCUAGUAUUCAUCACACAAGGCGCACUUCUACAUUGUUCAACAUCGUGAUGAAUCUGGACAAGGAGAAUCUUGGGGCGGAAGUGGUCGUUGGUCAGCCGGGAUCUGGCAAGGAAAGUCCCGUUAUCAAGAUGCCGUGGGUGUAA